AUGACGACGUCGUUUGGGGCGGCUAACACUGCAAUCGCCAAGGACCUGAAUGUCCGUGUUGCGACAAGUUUUAAUAGCUUGAAACACACUUCGAAUUCCCUUUUACUGAGUAAACGCCUGCACGUGCUCCCUUCUUUCCCGGCCUCCAAAGAGGGCUUCACUUCAAUUAUCAGAGCUGUUUCUACGCCUGUGAAGCCGGAUACUUCAGCUGAGCCUAAACGUAGUAAGGUUGAAAUCAUCAAAGAGCAUAGUAACUUUAUAAGAUAUCCUCUCAACGAGGAGUUAUUGACGGAUGCUCCGAAUAUUAAUGAGGCUGCUACACAAUUAAUCAAGUUUCAUGGAAGCUAUCAGCAGUACAACAGAGAUGAACGUCGUGCGAGGUCUUACUCAUUUAUGCUUCGUACAAAGAACCCAUGUGGAAAGGUUUCAAACAAACUCUAUACGGUCAUGGACGAUCUAGCUGAUGAGUUUGGGAUAGGUACACUUCGUUUGACAACUAGGCAAACAUUUCAGCUCCAUGGUGUUUUGAAGAAAGACCUCAAGACGGUGAUGAGUACUAUCAUAAAAAAUAUGGGCUCAACUCUUGGGGCAUGUGGUGAUUUGAAUAGAAACGUUCUUGCUCCAGCAGCCCCUUACUCACAAAAAGACUAUUUAUUUGCUCAGAGAACUGCUGAAGACAUUGCUGCACUCUUAACUCCUCAGUCGGGUUUUUACUAUGAUACGUGGGUGGAUGGAGAAAAGAUCAUGUCAGCUGAACCCCCUGAAGUAGUGAAGGCUCGCAAUGAUAAUUCUCAUGGUACAAAUUUUCCUGAUUCACAGGAGCCUAUCUAUGGAACUCAGUUCUUGCCGAGGAAGUUCAAAGUUGCAGUCACAGUGCCCACAGAUAACUCAGUGGACAUUUUCACAAAUGACAUUGGCGUCGUUGUUGUGUCUGAUGCUGAUGGAGAGCCUCAGGGCUUUAACAUAUAUGUUGGUGGAGGUAUGGGAAGGACGCAUAGAAUAGAAACAACUUUUCCCCGUUUAGCAGAGCCAUUGGGCUAUGUGCCAAAAGAGGAUAUAUUGUACGCAGUGAAGGCUAUUGUUGUUACGCAAAGAGAAAACGGAAGAAGAGACGAUCGCAAGUACAGCAGAAUGAAAUACUUACUCAGCUCUUGGGGAAUUGAAAAAUUCCGAACUACUGUUGAGCAAUAUUACGGAAAGAAGUUUGAACCUUGCCAUGAGUUACCUGAGUGGGAAUUCAAGAGUUACUUGGGAUGGCAUGAGCAGGGAGAUGGUGGUUUAUUUUGUGGUCUCCAUGUUGAUAAUGGCCGAGUCAAGGGGACUAUGAAAAAGACACUAAGGGAAAUAAUUGAGAAGUAUAAUUUGAAUGUGCGUAUCACACCAAACCAGAAUAUCAUCUUGUGCGAUAUCCAGCAAGCAUGGAAGCCCCAAAUCAAUACAGCUCUUGCUCAGGGUGGCUUGCUUCAACCUAGCUUUGUAGAGCCUCUCAACUUGACAGCUAUGGCAUGUCCAGCUUUUCCACUUUGCCCUCUUGCAAUUACAGAAGCUGAACGGGGAAUUCCCGACAUCCUUAAGCGAGUUCGAGCUGUAUUUGAGAAGGUUGGGCUUAAGUAUAGUGAAUCCGUAGUAAUAAGGGUAACUGGUUGCCCUAACGGUUGUGCUAGACCAUACAUGGCUGAACUCGGCUUGGUGGGUGAUGGUCCAAAUAGUUAUCAGAUUUGGCUUGGUGGAACCCCAAACCAAACCUCAUUAGCAAAACCAUUCAAAGAUAAGGUCAAGCUUCAUGAUCUUGAGAAAGUUCUGGAACCUGUGUUCUAUUACUGGAAACGCCAAAGGCUAUCUAAAGAAUCAUUUGGUGACUUCACAAUCCGCACGGGUACGGAGAAACUUCAGGAGCUUGUGGAUAAAUGGGAGGGUAUACCACUAUAA